UGUUGUUGCCAUUGGUAGUGCCGCCGCUUUUGCUUCAUGCUUCAGUCAGUCAGGGAAUGAUCGUGCUUAGCUCCAUUACUGUGCUACCAAGGCUCCGCGACUCUGCACUCGAUUUCGAUUGCUAUUGCUAAAUAAAAUAUUUACGGCCAAAGACACAAGACGCACCACUCUUCGUUAAUUACAUUGCCAAAGCCGCAUAAAGGUUGUUUAAAAUCCGACGAAGUCGAAUCCGCUUAGCUGGUGAAAUCGGAAAUUUGAAGUCUACAAACCAAAUAAAAAUCCCUUGGUUUUUUUUGUCAGAAAGAGUCGGGGAAAGAGUCACAUUUGUUGUUUCUUUGUGCGGAAAUACAUUCGGGUCAAGAUGGCAACACAAAAGGAAGAUCAUACCGCCCUGGAUCUCAUUAUUAAGUCGCUUAAGUCCCCGACCAUGGUCUGUGAGGGCACCCACUUCGACGGUAAGAUCCCGCACACGUUCGUCAUUUUUGGGGCGUCCGGUGACCUGGCCAAGAAGAAGAUCUACCCUACUUUGUGGUGGCUCUACCGUGAUGAUCUGUUGCCUAAGCCCACCAAAUUCUGUGGCUAUGCGCGCUCUAAGCUGACGAUCGCCAGUCUCAAGGAGCAGUGCCUGCCCUACAUGAAGGUUCAGCCAAAUGAGCAGACAAAGUACGAGGAAUUCUGGGCCCUCAAUGAGUACGUGGCCGGCAGCUACGAUGGACGGACUGGGUUCGAGUUGCUCAACCAACAGCUGGAACUGAUGGAGAACAAGAACAAAGCCAAUCGUAUAUUCUAUCUGGCCCUGCCACCCAGCGUCUUCCAGGAGGUGACGGUGAACAUCAAGCAAAUCUGCAUGUCGGUCUACGGCUGGAACCGUGUGAUUAUUGAGAAGCCCUUCGGACGCGACGAUGCUUCUUCACAGGCGCUGAGCGAUCAUCUCGCCGGACUGUUCAACGAGGAUCAGCUGUACCGCAUCGACCAUUACCUGGGUAAGGAAAUGGUGCAGAAUCUGAUGACCAUACGCUUCGCCAACAAGAUCCUCAGUUCGACGUGGAAUCGUGAGAACAUAGCCUCGGUGCUGAUCACAUUCAAGGAGCCCUUCGGCACCCAGGGACGAGGUGGUUAUUUUGAUGAGUUUGGCAUCAUCCGCGACGUGAUGCAGAACCACCUGCUGCAAAUCCUGUCGCUGGUGGCCAUGGAGAAGCCGGUUAGUUGUCACCCAGACGAUAUCCGAGAUGAGAAGGUCAAGGUACUAAAGAGCAUCGAAGCCCUGACGCUGGACGACAUGGUACUGGGACAGUACCUGGCCAAUCCGCAGGGUUCCACCGAGGAUGCUCGCACAGGCUAUCUGGAAGAUCCGACCGUUAACAACGACUCGACGACACCCACCUACGCCCUUGGCGUGCUUAAGAUCAACAACGAGCGUUGGCAGGGUGUGCCCUUCAUUCUACGAUGCGGCAAGGCGCUAAACGAGCGGAAGGCGGAGGUGCGGAUUCAGUACCAGGAUGUCCCCGGCGACAUCUUCGAGGGAAAUACGAAACGUAACGAGCUGGUCAUUCGCGUCCAGCCGGGCGAGGCCCUGUACUUUAAGAUGAUGACUAAGAGCCCCGGCAUUACCUUCGAUAUCGAGGAGACCGAAUUGGAUCUAACCUAUGAGCACCGGUACAAGGACUCCUACCUUCCGGACGCCUACGAGAGGCUCAUUCUCGAUGUCUUCUGCGGCUCUCAGAUGCACUUUGUCCGAUCGGAUGAGCUGCGCGAAGCGUGGCGAAUCUUCACACCAAUUCUGCACAAGAUCGAGCAGGAGCAAAUCAAGCCGAUCACCUACCAGUACGGAUCCCGCGGACCCAAACAAGCGGACCGGAAGUGCGAAGAGAACAAUUUCAAGUACUCCGGCUCCUACAAAUGGCACGGCGGCAAGCCAAAAACGUCCAAUCUCUAAGCGAUCUGGACCACACCAUUCCGGGCUGGGUACACAGGAUGCUCCUCUCUGUCCUUACGUAUAAUGUACAUAUAAAUAUAUGUAUUCUUUGGUUAUUUGUAAAUUGAUUUGGUUUGUACAAGAAUUUUUUUUAUUAAAUCUACAAAAUAGUGUUAAACUGAAA